AUGGAGUGGGAUGAUGAACAACUCGCCGUUAUCAAUGGGACGAAUCAAACGGAACAAACGUCUAGUUUCUCAGAACCCGAUUCCCUUAACGUGAUAGUUCCUUUAAGUAUAAUAUACGGAGUCAUUUUUGUUGCCGGUGUUUUAGGAAAUAUUAGUACGUGUGUUGUUAUUGCCCGGAACAGAUCUAUGCACACUGCUACGAACUUUUACCUCUUCAGCUUAGCGAUAUCAGACCUCCUUCUACUGGUGUGUGGACUGCCACUAGAGUUGCAUAGACUAUGGAACCCACUAUCCUAUCCUCUCGGGGAGGCGUUAUGCAUAUCCGUGGGACUUAUCUCGGAGACGUCUGCAAAUGCCACCGUGUUGACGAUAACAGCGUUUACAGUUGAAAGAUACAUUGCCAUAUGCCGUCCAUUCAUGUCCCAUACGAUGUCUAAGUUAUCAAGAGCUGUGCGUUAUAUUAUUGUAAUUUGGGUGUGCGCGUUAUGUGCGGCUGUACCUCAAGCGAUGCAAUUCGGCAUAGUGACAUAUAGUGAGAAGGGACAAAAGAUUAGUGCGUGUACAGUAAAAGGUCAUGGAGUGCAUCAAGUGUUUGUUAUUUCAAGUUUUGUGUUUUUUGUUGCCCCCAUGUCUUUGAUCACAGUACUGUAUGUGUUGAUUGGUGUCAAACUAAACACGUCACGUAUUUUACAACCUUUGAAGAAAACGUCUGUGGAAAGCGAUCGCCCUAAUGGAACUCCUCGAUACAGGAAUGGCGCUUCGCAGAGGCGGGUUAUUAGAAUGCUAGUGGCGGUGGCGCUGUCAUUUUUCCUCUGUUGGGCACCUUUCCACGUGCAAAGACUGAUAGCAAUUUAUGGGAAAAAUUUGGAGCAUCCUACCGAUACAUUUUACCAGGUGUAUAUAGUGCUGACUUACCUAUCGGGAGUUCUUUAUUUUCUUUCGACUGCGAUCAAUCCAUUUCUAUACAACAUCAUGUCAAAUAAAUUUAGAAAUGCUUUCAAGAUGACCCUGUCAAUGUGGUGUAGGAGAGACGCUGCUCGGUUGGAGAGGACGUAUAGCGUGCUCCUAGCGUCUCAGCGGCAACGAGCGGCUAACAGAGCGGUCCAAAGACAGCGACAGUUCAGCCACCCCCGCUUGUUGUGCAGGCUGUCCACUGCGUCUUCGCAGCUAGGCGACGCGCCGCCGCGAGCGCAGUCGUAUCACAGAAAUGACCUCUCGGUCGUAAAUGAAGUACCAGAUGCUAGCUGGCUUUGGAAGAAACGCCUUGCAGAAGGAUCAGAUUCUCUUACGUCACCAAGGAGUAUAUCUAAUUCCAGUCUCCACGAAAUAGACCAAGAGUUGAGUGGAGAAGAGUUAGCGACCUUUUUAUAUCAGGUUAACUGCGAUAUAGGAGGACAUACC